AGUUCUUUCAGGGAAGCUAUUGUGGUGAAGGUGCAAGAUCAUACCUCAUGUCUGUAAAGGCAGAAAAGUGCAAGGCAACAACUUGAAGUUGAAAAGUGAGCAAGAUCAUGUGACGUCACAUUGUAGACUGCGUCUCAUCAACAUACCACACAGUCAGAUUUGACCCCUUAUCCUGUGACGUUUUCGCUACAAGUCCCUGAUCAUCAUAUUUCAUUCCUAUCCCUAAUUGCUGUCAGGAUUCAGGAUCUUACCCCUCACCUUUCAGAGGUCCUGCUGAACAAUGAACAGUACAAUAGAAGACUCCACAAUACAGAUGCUCAACAACACUGUGAUGCAUUACACCUUGCCAAUGAUCUAUCUGGGCAUUUUUCUUAUCAGCACUCCCCUGAACGCCAUCGCCCUUUGGCUCCUCUGCUGCCGCAUGUGGCCCAAGACUCCCACCAUGAUCUUUUCCAUCAAUCUGGCCAUCACCGAUCUCCUGUACAGCUUGACAUUGCCCUUUCAGAUCAUCUACCAUUGGAACCGGAACAACUGGCAGGCCGGGGCCCCACUCUGCCGGCUGGUGACUGUUCUCUUCUACGGCAACUCGCACUGCUCCAUCCUGACGGUCAUGUGGAUAAGUGUGGAGCGUUACCUCGGCAUUGUGCACCCCUUGCACACCUCUCACCUUCGCUCGGUUAAAACUGCCAUCCUGCUCUGCUUAUUGAGCUGGCUGUUUGUCCUCAUGGUCCACUUGCCCUUGAUGUACAACGAGCUGACCUAUGAUGUGCCAGAUCUGAAAAUCAUCACCUGCUUCGAUAUUAUUCCCCGCGAUAUGUUUCCCGCUGUUUAUUAUUUUUACCUGUACUACUCGGCACAGAUAUUUCUAUUUUUCCUUGUUCCCUUUGUUGUCAUGAUGUUGUGCUAUUCCAGGAUUAUAAGGACCCUGCUGAAGGCACCGGUGGCUCAGAUUAGGGAGUCGAGGAAGCAGAUAGUCUAUCUGACAAUCGUGGUGAUGCUUGCUUUCGCCAUCUGCUACCUCCCCACUCAGAUAAUUAUGAUCGUGCAUUUUGUCCGCUCUCACCUGAAGAGACCCAUCUACAUCCUGUAUAAGUUCUCCCUGACUCUGAACAGCUUAAAUGGCUGCUUCGAUCCCUUGUUGUACUACUUUGCCUCGAAGGAGUUUAGAAGGAAGGUCCAGAAGAUUCUGCCUUGCAUUCCCGUGGACGAUAGUGACAGGACGUCGAGUAACAUCGCUCUACCUCUAGCUGCUCAGGGUAGUCAGUAAAUGGAUGCUCCUCAGGACUUCAGGUUGAGCCAGCAAAGACUCACUCUUCUUCGACCAGAAGCAUAUGCGCCCCUCAGACAGUCGACAGGAGGCCGGAGGGAGAGCGACUACUAUCAGUUGAGCUACACUAAAAGGGCAGUGCUUGAAUACACGGCAUCAUGAAAUGUAAAUGGAACCAGACAGAAUGUGUGUCUUGUGAUGUGGAAACAUAGGCAGAUGUUCCUCAGGCAAAUAUCAAGAAGUGUUAUCCAUCCAGCUUUGCUCUUCUUACCAGUGGAAGGAUAUAUUUGGCAGAUGUAGAGAGAGAGACAGAGACAGAGAGAGCAGGAAAGGUUCACUAGACUAAUCUUUGCAUGCUGGGAUUAUCUCUUGUUGUAGGAAUGAGGAGACUAGACCUGUAUUCUCUAGAGUUUAGAAAAUGAGAGGUGAUUUCAUUGAAGUGCAGGAAAUCAUUUGAAGGCUUGACAGCAGAUGCAAAGCCUAGAAUCAAGAGACACAUUCUGGGAAUGAGAGAUUAGACAGUUAGCACUGAAAGGAGGAGGAGUUUAUUCAAAGGCUGGUGAAGAAUAGAAAUUCUCUAAUCCUCCAGAGGGUCUUGGAGGCUCAGACAUCAAGUGCAUUCAAGAAAGAGAUCGAUAGCCUCCGAGAUGUUAAAGAUAUCAGGGGAUGGGGGUAAUGCAGUAAAAUGGC